GUACCGAGUUUCCUUUUGAGCCCGCGAUUUUCGUAGACAAGUAGACAGUAAAGUAUUGAAAAGAUAGUCGAAAGAUAUGGAUUUGGAAGGGAAAAUAUCUGCUCUUAAGGAUUUUGCUUCUUUUGGAUCUAGAUCGAAAAACGGCUCGUCUUCUUCCGGGAAUAUUCAAAAUGGUCAAAGUUCUAAUUCUUCCUCAGCAAAUGGUUGGGGAAAUUGGUUUGCAAAGGGAGAGAAGGACCCAAUUUUACCAUCAUUGUCUCGAACUCAGAGAAUCAUGGGAUUCUUUCUUUUCCUCUUGUUGGGAAUUUUCUGUUUUGUAAUGGCUGGCUUUAUUGCACCUGUCAUGAUACUAAAGGCAAGGAAAUUUGUCCUCCUGUACACAAUGGGAAGUCUGUUUACAAUAGGAAGUUUUUCAUUACUUUGGGGUCCUGUGAAUCAUGUCAAACAUUUGUGCUCACUUGAAAGACUUCCUUUCACUGCUGCUUACUUUGGAUCAAUGUUUGCUACACUUUACAUGGCUAUGAUUGUAAAAAGCACAGUAUUAACAGCAGUUUUUGCUGUAGCACAAAUCCUUGCUUUAAUAUGGUACUUUGUCAGUUAUAUUCCAGGUGGUACAACAGGCAUGAAGUUUUUUACAAAGCUUUUUUCAUCUGCUGUCACAAAGACAGUUUCCAGCACCCUUCCUGUUUAACAGUGACCCGUGCCUUGUGCAGUAUGCUAUCUAUGGGGUCUUUGAGAUGCUCAGAACUGGUUGAUUAGUCUUACUACAAGGACUGUUUCCAGUUCUGUGAUGUGGUUGUGGUCUUCAUGUAUUACAUACUGAGAAUGUGGGACGGAGGUCUGACAAGUACAUUAGUGUGAGACGUUCUGAUCAAGCCUCACAAUAUGGCUGCCUAGGCCACAGGCAACUUUUUCAAACCUUCAGUGCUAUGGUUUUGUGACUGCAAUGUACUGUAUCUGUAUGGCAGUACAUGGAUUAACAAUACCAUAAAUUAUGUGGCCAUCAAAGGUCUUGGUAUUCUGUUUGAUACUGAAAGAUUCCUAAAUUCCUCCGCUUUCUUGACAACACUAUGAUCCACCAUCUGUUGGUAUCUGUCUUGUGUGUCAAUGGUAUCAGUGUGGCCAGUAUCAGCUAAGCACUGAUUUACAGAUAAAAUAGAGACAGUACAAUAACAACUGCUGUGGGGUGAUGUAAUGCUAGUCGUCGCAGAUAAAAUAACAAAUGUGUUUAGCAGGCAUCAUUCAAGCUAUAUAAAUUACUAGAAUAAUAAUAAUAAUAACAUUAAGUAUGUAAUAAUGUUUAAGAGAGUUUUAAGGAGAAAGUGAUAUUUAUUGUAUAUUUUGAAGUGCCGUGACUAUAAUACAAAGCACAGGAGAA